CGUAUAUAUUAAACCUAUCUGGAUUUGAGAGCUCAUUUUGUGCUAAAUUUACUAAUUAAAAUGUUUCUUCCUACCUCAUAUAUUGCAAGCUCGAAACUUACAAAAAUGUUUUGGGAUAUUCUAUUUUGUUAGACUUAACUAUAUUUAGAUUUUAUGGAACGCUUACCAUUACACAAUUGAUAGAAAACUUAAUCGGAAAACUAAAACAAAUUAAACUCUAAUCAUCGUCCAAUCUUGGAUCUCUUUCUUCCCGAACAAAGUUUUGAUCUCUCUUUACAGAAAUGGUGGCGUAUAAUGAUCACGAUUGCUUCUUCAAGCUUGUUUUGAUCGGGGAUUCAGGUGUCGGGAAAAGCAAUCUCUUAUCACAAUUCUCUAGGAACGAAUUCAUCCUCAAAUCCUCAGCCACUAUCGGGGUUGAAUUCGCCAACAGCAGCAUCGAAGUUGGCGGCAAGAUUAUCAAGGCCCAAAUUUGGGACACAGCUGGCCAAGAAAAGUAUCGGGCCAUAACUAGUGCAUACUAUCGAGGUGCAGUAGGUGCAUUGAUCGUCUAUGACAUCUCACGUAAAAUAACAUUUGAAAACGUGGAAAAAUGGUUGAAGGAGGUUCGGGAUCACAAGGAUCAAAACAUGGUGAUCGUGCUCCUUGGGAACAAAGCUGAUCAAACUAACUUGCGAGAGGUCCAAAGGGAGGAUGCAAAGGCAUUUGCCGAGAGAGAGAAUAUUAACUUAUUCAUGGAAACAUCGGCUCUCGAUAAAUCAUGUGUCGACAACGCUUUCACCAAAGUGUUGACUCAGAUUUACCAUAUGGAUAAUCGUCGCAAGGUCGAACCCAAGGGACAAACGAAGAACCUUGGAGGUCAUGAAGAUGUUGGGAUCAAAAGGGCAAGUGUAGGUUCCCUUUUUCCAAAAAUACCUCAAACUCUAACGUGUUGAGCCUUUCUUCUCAAUCUUUUCUUGGAAUUGAAUUCUAAUAUAUCAAAAACAUCUCCUGGUAGAAACAUAUUU